AUGAAGCCCACAAUCGCCCUCCUCCCCCUGGUAUUCUUGCGAGCAUCCGGUGGCGUGGUGCCAGAGACUCCACAUCAAGCUGAUCUACUUGUCGAUGCCACUCUCAAUAAGAGUUCGCUGGGUUCCAAUGCGCAUGCGCAGCUCGUACACCGGAUCACGCCUCGAGCACCACGCGAGAAAUGCAGUCCACCAGUGUACGAUGGUGAUGAUCAGAAACGGGAUCUCGACGGGGAUUCCGUAAGCAAUGGAACGCUAUGGAGACGGAUGAUACUGCCUGCAGAUAGUGAAGCCAUGGAGGCAUUCAUACUGCACGAAACGGGCGAUGACGAGGAGGGUAGGACGAGAGGCUUCCCCAUUAUCUGGGAGCGGCGUGAUAAGGGCGGGGCAACUGAUUUCAACACCGCAAUCCUAAGUACAUAUGCGGAGUACAAAGGCGAAUUUAGUUAUAUGGCCAGGGAAUUGAUGGGAUGCACGGUGCUUGCCGUCAUUAGUCGGACCGGGUUCUAUUUCGCUCAUUACUGGGAAAACGUCUCGUUCGAUCCGGAUGACGACAUCCUUAAGAAGAGGAAAAGAACGAAAGAAAAACAAUUCCAAAUGACGGUCCUCGAACCGUUGAACGACGGAUGGCCAAAAUCUACCAAGAAUCAGCAAAUGGGACUUGGAAAACAUGGGCAGGAAAUUGAAGACGGGGAUAUCAAGGCCUACCUGAUAAGGCCGCGCGAUAGUUUCGAUGGUACCGAGGACGGCUACAGAGAUCAGUGGGACCAAAUCAAGGCUAGGGUAGGAGAGUUCCUCCCAAAGCUGCAGGACGACAGCAAAUGGGAAGAGAUCACUUACGGGCGAGUGGAUAAAGAGAAUCUGGGAGAUUUACCCAAGGGACGAUGCCUGUUCAAGUACGAUCCCAACCAUAAUCCCAGCGCAGAGGGGAAAGGCAAAAAAAGGGCAAUGCUCUGGGUAGAAGACAACUACGAUGCCGUGCACGAGGAUGAAUGGGACUGAGGAGAUGCCCGGGUGGUUGUGGCGUAACGCGAUAUUUCCUCUUUCUUUCUUUUUUUCCCUUGGUUGGCGAGAAGAUGAAGGCUUUGGCUCCGUUUCCUCGUGCACUUAGGAUGAGGAAUACUCAUGCGGCAUUCUGGCAUGAGUAGUCAUGUGCUACCGCUGCUUCGUACUCUCCAUCAAGUUUACCAGCUCAUAAAGCUGUCCCUAUAUCCCCCCCCCCUCCUGCGUCGUGCGAUUGACACUCUGAAUCCCAUAAUGCGCGCCGGAAUGACCCCAUUCCCAAUUAUCGGCGAAACUCCGAGCAAAGGCGGCGACGAGUUUCAGACUUCCUAGACGGCCUUUAGCCCCUCGCCUAGGAAAGCCGGGUAAUGACUAUCGUAUCGUCAUGCUUGUCGUAACUUCGCAUCUCCAAAGCCGCCAUUAUGGUGCCCCAUGAUUCU